GUGUGAUAAAUCCUGCCAGACGUGUCUAGGGUUUUUAAGUUUACCACUGUUUCGUUCCAGUGUUGCUCGGCUGCAGUCCUCAGCACUCCCAUUGAGAAUAUCUAAAGAGAAACUGUAGAGACGAUAAAUCUUUCAAUAUGAGUAAGCUACAAAGUGACGCUGUCAGAGAAGCCAUUUCCCAGAUUUCUAGUGAAGCAAAGGAGAAAAAGCGUAACUUUUCUGAAACCAUUGAGCUUCAGAUUGGAUUGAAGAACUAUGAUCCCCAGAAAGACAAGCGUUUCAGUGGUUCUGUGAAAUUGCCACACAUACCUCGUCCCAAGAUGAAGGUUUGCAUGCUUGGAGAUGCUCAACACGUGGAAGAGGCAGAGAAGAUUGGACUUGAAUAUAUGGAUGUGGAAGGGUUGAAGAAGCUCAACAAAAACAAGAAAUUGGUCAAGAAGCUUGCCAAGAAGUACCAUGCUUUCCUAGCAUCUGAAGCUGUGAUCAAGCAGAUCCCUCGUCUUUUGGGUCCUGGUCUCAAUAAGGCAGGCAAAUUCCCGACCCUGGUGACUCAUCAAGAAUCCUUGGAGUCAAAAGUUAAUGAAACAAAAGCCACAGUGAAGUUUCAACUUAAGAAGGUUCUUUGUAUGGGAGUUGCUGUGGGGAAUUGUAGCAUGGAGGAGAAGCAGAUAUUCCAGAAUGUUCAAAUGAGCGUGAACUUUCUUGUUUCAUUAUUGAAGAAGAAUUGGCAAAAUGUGAGGUGUUUAUAUUUGAAGAGCACCAUGGGCAGGCCAGUGCGUAUUUUCUAAGAAGUUUGCUUACUUAUUCUGGGCCGUGUAGCCACAGUAGAAUGGACAAUACAUACAGUUUUCCGAGCGUGCUUCAGCCUUUUUUGCUUUUCCCAUUUCUUUGAGAGUCUGUUUUGAACUGAGCAAUUAUGUGAUCUUAAUUUUAGAAAAUGUGGCGGUCUUCCUGUAUUUGUUUUGUUGUUUGCCCUCUACGGUUUCUGUAACUUAAAUCUGCAGUUAGAUGGGUGGUGGUGGAUGAUGAUACCAUUUCUCUGGUGACGACAAUGGAAGUAUAACCAUGUCAUGUGUUUGACCUUUGUAGUGGCUAGCAGGCCGUUGGAGAGAACCAUUUGCUGCUAGUUACAUUUCGUUCACAUCACUAGAUUUUAGAGGCAGAUUUGAGUCCACCAUCAUAGAGUUAGCAUCCUUGAAAACAGUUUGACCUUGCUAUAAUCUUUUUAUUUGUUCCGAAUUAUAUGGUCUGGUUGUACGAUGAUUGAGUCAUGGAAGAAUUUGAUUCCUCAAUUUUCAUUAAAUUUGAGGGCUUCACUGGUUCUCUGUUUGAUUCUGGUACAUAAGCCCAAAUGAAAGCACAUCCAGUGGUACUAAAUUGGUACUAAAAGAAAGUGGUACUAAAUUGAUUCUGAUUCUCUGUAUGACUCAUUGCAAGUGGUACUAAAUGAAAG